AUGCAGGGGGCCGAGCUCCGGGAUGGCGAGGCGGCGGCGGCGGCCGCUUCGUACCGGGUCCUGAGCCGCCUCCUCGGCUAUGGAGAUGCGGCCCCCGAGCCAGGCCCGCCGCCGCCGCCGCCGCCGCCGCCCCCGGGCCAUGGCCCAUCGCCGCCGCCACCCUUCCUCGCUCGGCCCGGCCCGCGGGGCGCCCGGCCGCCGCAGCUGAUGGUGUUCCGCAACGUGGGGCGGCCGCCGGAGGAGGGGGACGCGGAGGCGGCCCCGGAGCCGGGACCCUCGGAACUGCUGUGUCCCCGGCACCGCUGUGCGCUGGAUCCCAAGGCCCUCCCGUCGGGCUUGACGCUCGAGCGGACCUGGGGUCCGGUGGCUGGACUAGAGGCGCAGCUGGCGGCUCUGGGGCUCGGGCAGCCGGCGGGGCCGGGGAUCAAGACUGCCGGCGGAGGCUGCUGCCCGUGCCCGUGCCCCCCGCAGCCGCCGCCGCCUCAGCCCCCGCCGCCUGCUGCCGCUCAGCAGGCCGGGGAGGACCCCACGGAAACGAGCGACGCGCUGCUGGUCCUGGAAGGCUUGGAAUCGGAGGCCGAGAGCCUGGAGACUAACAGCUGCUCCGAAGAGGAGCUCAGCAGCCCGGGCCGUGGAGGAGGAGGAGGGGGCGGCCGGCUUCUGCUGCAGCCCCCGGGCCCCGAACUACCCCCGGUGCCCUUCCCGCUGCAGGACUUGGUCCCUCCAGGGCGUCUGAGCCGAGGGGAGCCCCAGCAGCAGCAGCAGCAGCAGCUGCAGCAACAGCAGCAACCUCCCCCACCGCCGCCGCCUCCCGGGCCCCUCCGGCCCCUCGCGGGCCCUUCUCGGAAGGGCUCCUUCAAAAUCCGCCUCAGUCGACUGUUUCGCACGAAGAGCUGCAACGGUGGCUCAGGCGGUGGGGAUGGGACCGGCAAGAGGCCUUCUGGAGAUCUGGCAGCUUCAGCUGCGAGCCUAACGGACAUGGGAGGCUCUGCGGGCCGGGAGCUGGAUUCGGGGAGGAAACCCAGGUUGACAAGAACUCAAAGUGCCUUUUCUCCGGUCUCCUUCAGCCCCUUGUUCACAGGUGAGACAGUGUCGCUUGUGGACGUGGACAUUUCUCAGCGGGGCCUGACCUCUCCACACCCUCCAACUCCCCCUCCUCCUCCAAGAAGAAGCCUCAGCCUCCUAGAUGAUAUCAGUGGGACGCUGCCUACAUCUGUCCUUGUGGCUCCGAUGGGGUCUUCCUUGCAGUCUUUCCCCCUACCUCCGCCUCCUCCACCCCACGCCCCAGAUGCGUUUCCCCGAGUUGCUCCCAUCAGAGCAUCAGAGCCCCUGCACAGCCAGCCCCCGCAGCACCUCCAGUGCCCCCUCUACCGGCCGGACGCAAGCAGCUUUGCAGCCAGUCUCCGAGAGCUGGAGAAGUGUGGUUGGUACUGGGGGCCUAUGAAUUGGGAAGAUGCAGAGAUGAAGCUGAAAGGGAAGCCAGAUGGUUCUUUCCUGGUACGAGACAGCUCUGAUCCUCGUUACAUCCUGAGCCUCAGCUUUCGAUCACAGGGUAUCACCCACCACACCAGAAUGGAGCACUAUAGAGGAACCUUCAGCUUAUGGUGCCAUCCCAAGUUUGAGGAUCGCUGUCAGUCUGUGGUAGAGUUCAUUAAGAGAGCCAUCAUGCACUCCAAAAAUGGGAAGUUUCUCUACUUCUUGAGAUCCAGGGUCCCAGGACUGCCACCAACUCCAGUACAGCUGCUCUAUCCAGUGUCCAGAUUCAGCAAUGUCAAGUCCCUCCAGCAUCUUUGCAGAUUCCGGAUCCGGCAGCUUGUCCGAAUAGAUCAUAUCCCGGAUCUCCCACUGCCUAAACCUCUGAUCUCUUACAUUCGAAAGUUCUACUACUAUGAUCCUCAGGAAGAGGUGUACCUGUCCCUAAAGGAGGCGCAGCUCAUUUCCAAACAGAAGCAAGAGGUGGAGCCCUCCACGUAGCAGCAAGGA